AUUUCGUUGCUUCACGCCUUUGUUCUAUACUUUUCUUUUGUUGCUUGCUUUGAGUAUCUUGAAAAUAAGGAGUCAAUAUUCAUUGUAAUACAUAACAUUGCAAAUGGGAUUAGCAGCACCCCGCAAGAGGACGAAAAUCUCCAAUGAUCCAAACAAUACAAAUUGGUCCCGAUCCACUAGCGGCUAUGGCCACAAGAUUAUGAGCUCUCAGGGGUGGACUCCUGGCAGUUUUCUAGGUGCACGCAAUGCCGCUCAUGCUGAUAUGUUCACUGCUGCGAGCGCAUCUCAUAUUAGGGUUGUUGUGAAGGAUGAUACACUUGGCCUUGGGGCGCGCUCUAAGCGUGACCCUCUCGAUGAACCUACUGGACUUGAUGCCUUCAAAGGUUUAUUGGGUCGUUUGAAUGGAAAAUCUGAUGCAGAUUUGGAAGCCGAGCAGAAAAAGCGCGAAGAUGCGAAGAUAGCACGGUAUGCUGCAACAAAAUGGCAUACGGUUAGGUUCAUCAGCGGCGGUUUGUUGGCGCAAGAAAAGCUUGUCUCCCUCUCCCCUCGGAAGGAAACCCCAGGAGCUCAGCAUGGUCCACAUAAAAUCCAAAGUGGUUUAGAUCUGCAAAAGAGUGAGAACGACGCGAACACUUCCAUGGAAGAUAUUUCGUUCAAGGCACCUAGAGAGGAAAAAGUUUCAUCUAUCCCUAUUGCGGAGGACGCCUACAGGUCUAAAGACAAACGCCAUAGGAAGGACAAACAGGGAAAGAAGGAUAAAAAAGACAGGAAGGCCAAGAAGAGGAAGCACAUGGAUGAGCCUAGCGCUACAGACUCUGAAAUCCCCGAAAAGGCGAUCUUGGAAACUAGCCUAGAAGCCACUGUCAACGAAUCCCGAGAUGCAUCAUCCCAAGUUGCUAGGAUUUUUUCAAAGGAACGCCGACCUAUGGGGAGACAUCUUCUCCGAGGUCGACACAUUGCACAAAAGAAGAAAGCCCUCAUGGAUGAUAGGUCUCUCAACGAGAUAUUCAUGGUUAAGUCAUGAAUUACUUUACAUUAUGUGUUCCCUGGCUACAUAAUCUUGUCAAGGUAAGGACCGUGUAGCACAUUACAGUGCCUCUUUGCGGUCAUUCUGUGCAGAAAAAUAGCCCAAGUCCCAGUAUCCCGAUUCUCGUGCCAAUAGAGAAAGCUGAACA